AUGCUUUUUUUUUCUAUUGUUUAUUCGCCGCCGAAUAUUUUCUUGUUCAACUCUCCAAUUAUGACUGGCUCUAUUCUACUUAACAGAGCCAACGGUUCACUCGGUCUUCACGCAGCUGAGCAACUACUCAAGGCACAUAAACCAAGAGUUUACUUGUAUAUUCACUGUGAGAAAUGCUUCUGAGUCUGAUAUCAACACCGAAGAACUCCGCAGGGUCAUCGCACGAUACCCAGCGGCCAAAGCCUCCAUACAUAAGUUGGACCUGACGAGCUUGUUCGAAGUGCAUGCAUUGCCGAGCAAAGGCUCUUCAGCGUUAAUAGCUGAACACUAUCCGCCUUUAAGAUCCAUCAUUUGUAAUGCUGCACACUGGAAUCUUGUCGCCGACUCGGAAAAAACUGCAGAUGGCUACGACAUGACCUUGCAAGUCAAUCAUAUUAGCCAUGUAGCCCUCGUUCUACGUCUCCUUGGUAGUUUUGUAGACGAAGGACGUAUUGUACUUCUCUCGAGUAUUGGCCACUAUCGCAUGCUAAAUCAUCCUUCUCCAGACUCAGAUAAGCAAGGUCGUGGUUUUCAAAGAUAUCCUAAUUCCAAGCUCCUAAUAACAAUUUGGAUGUAUCCUCUUGAUUACUAUCUACAACAAGUGCGCUUAAAUUCUUUCGUAUGUGACAAAGCUGACUAACCCUUGAAGAAUCCAAAAUUCAAGAACAUCACAGUUGUGGCGAUCAAUCCAGGCGGCCUUGGUGACUCACAUGUCUUUCAAAUCAACACACCUCGCUCAGUACAGCUGAUGCAAACUUUCAUCAUGAAGCCGUUUAUGUCGGUCAUCAAUUAUCUCGUUGACCCUACAUUUCGAUCGUCAGCUGCUGCCGGACUCGGAGCUGCAGAGUUUGCCGUAGGUAAAGCCCAUACCGGCGAACGUGGUUACUUCAAUCUGUUAAAGAAGGAUGAGAGCGACCCCCUUACGAUGGAAAAAGACGUACAGCAAAGGGUUUGGAGGAAGAGCUUAGAAUGGGCUAAGAUCACGAGGGAAAACACCGCACUACAGGAGGGUUUCGAUCGAGCAUAUACUGUAGGAUUAAUGUAG